CAGAGAUCACAUAAGAAUAUUGUAACACGUCGUUCAUACCCUUGCUCAUUUUGGGCCUAUCGUCAGUCAUUGGAUGACAAAAUGUAAUAAUUGGCGAAUUCGUUGUCUCGUUUACAUUGUAUUCCCAAUAGCAAUGAUACACGAAUGUUAGUGGUUUUCGAUUAGGACCUGGUGCGCUUUUACGCACUCCGUUUCCAGUCCUCACACUCGCGCUUUUUACGCACACUGGAUAUUUGACUCCUCGGUCCUCGGCACGAUGGCAAACGUCAGGAACACGUAUAAUUCUAUAGGAAGAGGUUGUUUGCCAUUCAUUCUGGGCUCUUGAGAGAGCUAGUUUGUUUCUCUUCGGGAAGACGCAAUGACCAACUCGUUAACAGUUUCAGUGGGGUUUGCUUAGGCUUUCUUUCCUCCUUUCAUCCCACACAGAUCUGUCAAAAGGGAUUUAUAACCUGGGGAUUUGCUUGAAAAUCGCCUGUAUCUGCGGAUACCUCUAUCGUAACGAGAUGAUGUCUUUAUCUUUUGUCUGCGCGCUGUGCAUGUGGAUAAGUUUAGUUUGUCCUUCGCUAGGAACAGGGUUUAUGUAUCACUUUCCAGGCAUUACUAUGCAGCGGCAGCGCGUCAAAUCGGAACAGAGCGGCAUCAUGGGAUCGCCAGGUAGCGGGUCCCGCACUCAACUCAGGAACUGGUGUCAGUACACUGUUUCCAAAACUGUGUCCUGUAAAGUGCACAAUGGGACAGAAACCGCAGUGCAGAGAAUGUUUCAGAGCUGCCGAUGGCCUGGACCCUGUUCUAAAGUCAUCAGCUACAGGACCGUCAUCAGGCCGUCUUUCAAGGUGACCUACAAGCAAGUCACCGCACUGGAGUGGAGAUGCUGCCCAGGGUUUGUAGGAGAAGAGUGUCGUGAAGAGUGUAUGAACUGUACCAGCUUCACUGACAUGAACAGCAGAAUAAAAGCCAUUGAGUCUAAGAUCAGACUGUUAGAAGAGGGACGUCCCUCGCUGCCGACUGUCAGUCUACCAGAGGGUUCUACAGGUAACGAGGUGGACACACCCCAGCCCACUCCUAUUGGACGGCCGUCACACCUGCCGCCAGAAGGCAGAGGCCCUCCAGGGCCCAUCGGACCUCCUGGGCUUCCUGGUUCUGCUGGAGCUCCAGGUCCAGCUGGAAGAGCAGGGCUUCCUGGACCCAUUGGACCAAAAGGGGACAGAGGCUUACCAGGAGAAAUAGGUCUACCUGGCCCUCCCGGACCACCAGGUCCUCCAGGGCUGAGCUCCUUUCCAAUCCAAGCGCGGGGUGAUGUUUUUCAUGUAGACAACCAAGAGGAGAUCCCCUUUCGUUCAGCUCUUCCUGCUCCUCAGGUUGUAGUCGGCCCUCCUGGUCCAACAGGUCCUGUCGGCCCCUCAGGCCCUGCAGGACCGAGAGGAGCGGUGGGCAUACCAGGCCUGCCGGGACAAGACGGCCAGGAAGGCCUCCAAGGCAGACCAGGGAUGCCCGGGCCUAAAGGAGAUCCAGGGGAAAGGGGGCCUCCAGGUGUAUCGGGCGAGCGGGGCCUACCUGGAGCACCAGGACCAAAAGGAGAAGCAGGGGAAGGCUUGAAUGAGGUUGAGGUGGUGCAGCAGCUCAGGGAGGCCUUGAAGAUCCUGGCCGAGAGAGUCCUGAUCCUGGAGCACAUGAUCGGCAUUCACGAGAACUCUGAAGCAUCUGGAUUUGUCGGUUUUUCGGACCCGCUGUUGUUCUCUGCCAUAAACAUCAAACGCCUUCAACCUGUUCAAACGCCUCUUCAAACUCCACUACUGGGAGAGAGACAGAGACAAGCUCCCUUUUGAGAGUACAGUCUAAUUUUGUAUUUGUGUUGAUAAUUGUGAAGGAUGUUGCAAAUUUUGCUUAACUGGACAUGCAAUAUGUGUUUAUAUAUUUUUUCCACAUACCUUUGUUUUUUUGUCUAAUUGUAUUUUUUAUUUGUUACUGUUGUAAAGUGAAGCUCUUUUCAGACAUGAGAUGUUGAGCAUUUCAUCCAUAAAAAGGUAUUAUUGAGCCUUUUUCAACUCGUUGCUGCAUGAUCUUAGUCUGCAUAAACUUAGCAGCAGCUCUUACAAUGUGAUGUACAAUGAAACAUAAUCUUAUAAAGUGUUACGAGGUUUUUGGCAUCUUUCUUUCUUCAGAUCAAAGGCUGCCUAGUAAACACAUCAGUUUCCUUGGCUCAAAGUUCCCAUGAGAUGGACCCAAAAUGAACUAUUUAGUGUCAAACACAUUCUUGGAAUGACUGAGGUUCACCUUGUAUUAGCCUGUCAAACAUAUGGCUUCCCCUCAUUUCUUUAUGUCUCUCUUUGUGCCCUGCCUUGUUGAAACAGAGGUAAGACAUGACAAGCUGCCAAUAGAGUUAGGUAAAAUGAAUAGCAUCUGGACAGCACACAUCUGGAAAGCAAAAGAAAGAUGUAAUGAAACAGCUGAGUUUUGGCCUGGAACCCACAAACCCUGUUUGGUUCCACACAUUUGGCUGAUAGAGCACAAACUUGACAGGAUUACAUUGACUUCUUCAUACAACACCUCUAAGAUUUGUUUCCAAACUGAUAUGAUUAUCAUAUAAUAAGUCUCUGAGAGACUGAGCCUGUCGUCCUCUGAAUAAAACUUUCACUGUGUCUGGCACAGUCAUUGUUUUUUUCCAUCGCAAAGUUCAUGAGCUAAAGCGAUAAUUCCACAUUUCUGUAUACACUGAUUCACUUAGACGGGAGGCUUGAUGCCACUCUCAUUUCUGUCCAUUAAAUAUAAAGCUACAGCAAGCAGCUGAUUAGCUUAGUGUGAAGACCGAAAACAGGAAAACAGCUAACCUGGUUCUCUCAGAAUAUAACAAGUCCUCCUACCAGCACUACCAACCUCAAGGGGACUCAGAGGAGGAAUUUCUGACAAUGAAGAUAUCUCGCACCUAGUAAAAAGAACUACCGCAGCGUCAAAAAGGUGAAGAAGGGCUGCAAAGCUGUUAUUGCUGACAUUUAAAUUUAAAUAAAUUUACAUAUUAACACUAGUAAAACCAAGACACCUCAUUUUGAAGGAGCUAUACACUGUUAUUGUAUGUCUUGUGUUAAUGAAGUGCUACAGGUUGGUCACACAAUAAAGAAGCUAAUUUAGGAUGGUUGUUUGAUGUGACUACAGGGUCUUGGAAUAACACUCCCAAGUUU